GGAUCUCGGUAAUGAUGUGACCAAGUCAAAAGACAAAAAUAACACCACAUAAUCUAGUCAUAAUAUAUAGUGUCAUUUAGAUCAAAAUUUACGUAUUAUGCUUUUCACAAGAACUUAAAUGUUUUGAAAUAUUUAAAAUAAGGUAAAUUACACUAUUAUAACAAUUAUUACUAAAUUGUAGUGUCUAAUCUACGCUAUCCUGUAGACUUUCGGUAUAGUCUACUAUAAUGAUAAUUAUUAUAAAAAUUAUUAUACUAUAAUUACUAUAAUGAUAAUUAAUUAUAGUAUAAUAAUUUUUAAUAAGUCAUUCAUAUACUUAUAACUAUAACUUAUAACUAUGGUCUAGAGUAUCAGUAUAUAAGUAUAGUAUAGUAUUAUAGUCAUAAUAAAUUUAUUAAUUUUAUGUUAACCCUACUAAUAGUUACUAUGACUAUGGUGACUAUGACUAUGAGUAUGAAUUAUCAUUUAUGACAGGACUAGUACUAGUAGCUGUACUGUAGACAGUUUAGUCAGUGACUAAAGUGACUUGUAUUUGUAAAAAAAUAAGUCCACUUUCAGCUUUUUUAUAUUUGUAAUCAUGACAUAAAUUAUGAUUCAUUACCUUGACUGCCUUGAGUUUGAGCAUUGUAAAAUAAUAUAAAGGAUUGUAGUUGUGAUUCUAUAGUCUAUAUAUAAUAUAUAUAUAUAAUAUAUAUAUAUAUAUAUAUAAUUUUAUAUAUAUAUAAUAUAUAUCUCGGGCCUAGACUAUAUAUAUAUUCUGAUUGAAUUCAAGGCCAAAGCAGGAACAUACAUGACAUUGAUAGCCUAACAAUGAACUUCAGUUACAGGCUACAGUGAAGUGUACAAGAAGUGUGUAGGCCUAAUUGAAGAAAUCGAUCAUAUGUAUAAAAUAUUUUACUUAGAAGACAACAAAGAAUUAUUAAGACACAGUCUUAAAUAUCAUUAUACAUAAUAAGGCAUGCUUUUAUAUUUGUUUUACUUUAAAAUUUUAUUAGCUUUUUUAGGGUUAAUUUGGCUAACAUCUUAAUCUUGUUUGUGGAAGGAGAUGACAUAAUGUUUCAAUAAAAAUAUCGAUAAUAAAUAUGACAUUGACAUGGUCAAGCUUGUGCUUUAGACUUAAGACUAUGAUGUAUUAUGUCUAUUAAAUUCAUGCCGUGUUAUCAUAAAAAACAAAGUGAGUUUAGGUCAAUUUUAUAUAGACUAGUAUUUGUUGUAGGCCUACUUCACAAGAAGGAGAGUACAACAUGCCUACUAUACUAUUUUGUUGAAUGAAAUUUUAAUGUAAUUGUCAUAAAUUUAAUUUAAAUAAGUCAUUACCUAAAAAAUAAUAAUAUUUUAAUUUUAUGUUAAAUAACUGUUUAACUUUAAGGGCAUGGUUUGGUGAGGAAAAUAGUUUUUGAGUGGAAUUAUUUACAUUUUUAUUUAGCCUUUUAAUUUAUUUUAUUAUUUAUUUGGGCAUAUCCUGAUUGAAGUUAAUAAUAUUAAUACAGUACUCAGUAUGAGAUUAUCUUGCUUUUAAGAUGAAUUUAUAAAACGGCUUAGAUGAAACAAAAAGUUCCAAGUUGAAAAUGAUUGUGGAGUUGCUCCAGUGGUGUAGGAAGGUUGGGGUGCUGACGGGGCGGCACUUUUUUUUUUUAAUAUGGAAGGGUGACACUUUUGACAAACUGCAGAGCUUUAUCAUUUGAGGGGGAGGCAAAAUUAUUCGCCCACCCUGGUUGCACUAGCCCUAGCUACUCCGCUGAGCUGCCCAUAAAAACUGUACAUGGAAGAAAUGAGGGAUUUGCUGUAGGAUGUUAACUAUCAGGACAGUGAUUUCAAACACAAGAAGAAGGGUAGCUUUUUAUUUUAAAAGGAAAAGAGAAGAUUAUUAUGUAAGAAAAUGCUGCCUUUGAUAAGUGUUCAUGCACACUAAGGGUUUUAAUGUAGGUAGGCAUGUUAGGACUUUGGGUCAAAGGUUCAUUGUUAAAAUCAGUAUGAUAAAAUUAGCAAAACAUAUUCAAUUAUUGGUAAUUUUAAAUUAAUUGCCAUUUUUAGAAGCUCUGGAAUCUUGGUUUAAUUACUAUUUCUUAAUGUGUCCCUGACUAUGAACAUCAGACUGUUAAAAAAAAUAUAGAAACAAGUCAUUAAAAUUUUGUUCUCUUCUCAAGGUAAUUGGAAAAACACACAUUUUUUUUAAAAUGGAGACUGCAAGUGUUGAAAAGAAUGAUGAUGCUCCACCUAAGUAUGAACCACCCCAACCAGGAUCACUGUAUGCUGGAGCAUAUCCACCCUAUCCUAAUCCCCAACUCCAAGGUCAGCCUGGUGAUUAUUCACCCAAAGGUCAGACUGAUGUUUAUCUAAGACAAGGUCAGCCUGGAACUUACCCAAUCCAAUGUCAGCCUGGAGUUUAUCCUCUCCAAAGUCAGGCAGGUUUUUAUCCCUGUCAAGGUCAACCAGCUGCUUAUCCACCUGGAUUUUCUCAAACUAGUAAGGUUUUUCUUAUGUUUUCAGACCAGAGAAACUAUACAUAAAUUUGGUACUUGAAUAUAUAGAGAUAAUUAAAGACUAUGUUUUAAAUGUGGUAAAUUAUAGAUUUGUUUUUUGUUGACUUUGUACCGCGCUUCGAGCCUUUGGGGAUGAAGCGUGUUUUUGAAAUGAACUUUAUUAUUAUUAUUAUUAUGAUAAUAAAAUCUUAUAACAACCAAGUCUACAAAGACUUAAGGAAUAAGGGGAAAGAAUUAUGACCUUAGAAAUGGCUUUCCUGUUCCUUGAUUUGAAUCUAACAAAAAUAAACACAUCUGCAUCACAAACCAGUCAUAGUUCCAUUUAUCAAAACUUAUGGCAUGGUAAUGUCACAUGUUUAAUUUCUUUGUGAAGCAAGCUAUUUUUCCCCGUUCCAUUUAUUAAUAAUUUUUUAUAUUAAGUUUUUUGACAUUUCUUAAAAUGUAUUAGUAAGUAUUACAUAAAAUGUAUGUUACUGUUUUAAUUAAAUUGUAAAAUAUAAAUAUAAUUUAUAGUACAAAAACAUAAAUUUUCAGAAAAAUAUUUCUUGCCUACUUUUCUUAUCUUAUAUUGCAUUAAAUAUAAUUCAAAUGCAGAUAAGAAGAAAAAGUUAAGUGUUUCGUAAUAUUAUUAUUAUUACUAAAAUUAUAUCUUUUCUAAGCUGUCAUUGUUCAGCCCCAGGUCAUCGUCAGAGGUGAGGACUACCGCUUCAUGCAGAACCCUGCUCGCAUAGUGUGCCAGCACUGCCAGGAAGCAGUGACAACAAAGUUGACCUAUGAAGCUGGACUUCUGACUUAUUCUCUCUGUGGUUUAAUAAUAUGUUUUGGGUGAGAAUAAUUUUUAUCUCUAGUUCUUAAAGUUUAAGGACAGGUUUUUAAUUUGCUAAAUUAAAUUUUUUUAACUAAAAUUAACCUCACCUGAUUUUUUUUUUUACAAAUGUAUUUUUCAGCCCCAGGUAGUACAUUAGCUAAGCCUAAUCUGUUUUUUUUUUAAUUAAGAUUUUAUUUCUAUACGAUUAUACUCAAGAUAUUUUUAAAAGUGUGAUGGCAGGUUGUUUUUCUUUUUAAUUUAAAAGUUUUCUGAACAUGUUCAGACAUUUGAAGUCAUUAAAACACACACACAAAUCGAUAAAUUAAAAUUAAGUAGUUGAACUUACCUCGAUGAAGUUGAAUAUUUGUGAUUUUAAGGCAAUUCAUUUUGAGUGAUUGCAAGACUUGUGAUUGUAAGAAUAGUGAUUGUAAACUAGUGAUUGUUAGAUUUUUUUACGAUAAGAUGUAUUAUUUCAGACUGUGUUGUGGCUGCUGUCUCAUUCCUUUCUUUAUGGAUGGAACCAAAGAUGUGGAGCACAGGUGCUGCCAUUGUGAUAAGGUUGUUGGUAAAUUUAGACCAUGCACAAUAUAAACAACGUGUACAGAAUAAGUUGGACAGGUUAGUUUUUUUUUGUGUUUGUUGCUUUUGGUAUUAUUUGAGGAUAUUUUGGUUAUUAAUGUGGCAUUUGGUUGAAAGUUUCAAAUAACUUUUUUAAACUCUUGCACACAAAUCCACCUAUUGAUUAAAACAACUAAUGAUAAAUGAGGUCACUAGAAAAAUGCCAUGAAUAGAAAAUCCCUUGACAUUGACUGUAACUUAAUGUUUGGGUUUUGAAGGUGAGAGAAUUCAGUCCUGCCAACUUGCAAUGGUAAGUUAUGAAUUUUUUAUUCGACAAAGAAUCAAGUUAGAGUGGGCAUAAAUAAUUACAAACCUUAAAAAUGAAGUUUUUUUAUAAAUCAUUUAUAAUUAUGUAAUAUUGCGCAAUACAGGAGGGGGGAGCAGAAAACUUGCCAAAACUUUCAUACAAGUAACACACUUCAUAAGAAUCCCAAGUUAUGAACCUCCCCCCCACCAAGGCUUGCAACCAAACUUUUUUUUUUUCAUACUUUUUCACCGCAAAUUUAUUUCAUCAACCAUUUCAGAGAAACACAAUAAGAAAUUACGCACAAAACGCUCCUGGGAUAUUGUUUUCGUAAGAAUUUCAUUUAGCAUUGUUAUGUGGAAUUUUAUUUCGUGAAAUCAGUGUCAUCAUAUUUCCGUCAUCUUCCCCUUGAAAAUCAGGAAAAACAGUUUUUUGGGGGUUGGGGUUGAAACUUGGUAGAAUGGAUUGUUAUUGGCAACGAGUGUAUAUGCCAAGUUUCAGCUUGAUAAGUUGACGGGAAGUGGGUCAAUUAGACGUCCAAAGGUUUUGCCAGCCACGAACAAAAGCCAAGUUAUUAUACAUAUAAAGGAUUUAAAAAAAGAGUCCCUUGGGCAAUUCAAACUUGGUAGCAAUAUAAAGAGUUUGACAUUGUCACCUGUCAGCAAAAACUCAAUGUAUUCUUAUAUUACUUAUAACCUGUACUAAGAUGCAACAGGAAACCAACUGCUGAAUGUGAGUAAGUGGCUAUGGGAAAUGGUCAAAUCUAAGUUCUUCAUAUUUUUUAAUAGUAAAAUAUGGUUUUCCUGUCUAAAAGAAAUUAGAACAUUCUUUUGUGUCUUUAGAUCUAUGUUAUAAACAUGUAAGUCAGCUGUGCUUGAAUGUGAUGCAUUUACUUUUAAGAAGCAAACCAAAAAAAAACACGUCAUAACAUUUUAUUUUCUACUUAUUUGAUUGAAUCAUUUUAUUUAAUAGAAACACAUUUUUUGGUACUGCAUUUUUAAAGUUUAUCCUUUUGUCUGUCAUUUUGCAGUUUGUUGAAUAUCCCAGGUUUUGGUUGAGGAUCUACAAAUUGUGUAAGAAAAAAACUGAGACCAGUAUUGGAAGAUAUGUUGGAGGGAAAAAAAGGAGAUAUUAUUACUUGGAUUUGUUGGUGUACAAGUGUUAGUGUGUUAUACAUACUGAUUUCUCGUUAAGUAACAUAUUUUAACAUUUACUGUGUAACAUUUUCAGACUAUGUGUAAUUUGCUUUUGUGAGAAAGCUAAAAUGAGUCUUUCACUGUAUAGUUCAUUUUUUGUUAUUAGUCUAGUAGUUUUCAAUAUUUACAUGAAUAUGUACUUAUUACAAAUCUUAUAAUUAUUUAAAAACAUCACUAUGUUUUAAUCAAACUUAUCUUUGCUGUGAUUUCUGAUAGUAUUAUUCAAUAAUCGCUUACACAGAUCUUUGCUUCCGUAAAAUUAACUUGAUUUUUGUUAUAUACUCUUUUAUGAAAUAGUGAUAUUUUUUCUUUGAUGCCAUUACACUUUCUUGGCUCAACUGGCCACUUAGUUUUAAGAACUUAAUGUCUAAAGUGACAUUUUUGCAACUCCACAAAGUUUAGAAGUUAACUUUUUUGAAGCUAAAACAUAUCAAAAUUUGUUUGUUGUGCAUACUGAUUUAUUCCUUACUUGUGUACCGGUGCCAUUGUUAUAGUAAUAAAAUAUUUGAUGUGAAAAGAAUCAUGUUUAAAUGACUAAUGUAAACAGACAUAUAUUUUCAAUUAUUAUUUUUUUUAAAUUUAAUAUAAUUUCCUUUUGAGUGUUUUUUUAUUAGGCAUACCCAAAAAAUUAGUCCUGUCUACUGUACUUGAGGUGCAUCAAUUAACUAAAUUUUAUCUAUAAUGAUUGAAAAUAACAAUUUUUUUUAAAAUGAUGAAAUAAAACUAAAAUUUUUUUUUAAAAAAGGAGAAAAAAAUUUCAACCCCUUGGUAUUUUUUUAAUUUUAAUGUUUAAUUUUUGAGUUUCCUUUUCUAAAAUUUAUCAUUGGAGAACAUCAGUUAAAUUAACUUUUACUGUCCAAUGGUGUAGAGUGUAUACUUUUUAAUAAUGUUUAUAAAAAAAUUUAAUUCAGGUCUUAACGUUUUUUUUCUUCUAAGGUAUAGGAACUUUAUCUGUUAUGCAAGGGUUUAAUAUUUUGACUUAUAUAGUCCUAAACAUUGAUGAUGAUGGGACCAGGGCACGCAUGGCCGUUAUUGGGACCCAGGUCCCUUUAGACUAAAUGCUAUUCGGAUGUCAUUUGUGGUAGUUUAUUAUAUAAAUAUAGUUAAACUGAAGAAGUAAGUUUACAAACGUAUAGUCCAUUCAAUUAUCUUUCAUUUGAUACAAAUUUUGUCUUACAAACCCAACAAUAAUAUUUUUAUUAUUUUUUUUAUAAACCCAAACUCUCACUUCUGAUACCAGGUCCGAAUAGCCGCAGCCUUUAAGUUUCUAUUGAUUUUAAUGUGAAUUAAUUUUAUGGUAAUAUAAUUUUGUAGCAAAAAUUAAAAAUUUUCUUUUACUUUUGAUGGGAAACAAUUUUUUUUCUGUUCCCAUGUUUUUUUAUUGUCCCUUGUUUUGAAAAAAAUUCUUGGAAAAAUAUUUUUACUGACACUGUAUAUAUUUGUAUUAUUUGUCAUGUUUCAUGAAAUAAAGGUUUAUUCUGAAAUU